AUGCCACCCACAGCCCCGCGCAGACCCACAUCUACACAUUCGGCCCAACACAUCCACCCCCACUCGUCUCCACAGCCAGCCCAGCUCGCCUACUUUGUCAUCUUCAACCCGACACUUGCGUCCAAAACAGCGGGCCCCAGCUCGACCAGUUCCGCUGCUGCUGCCCCCGGUCCAAGUCCAGCCGACACCACCACCACCGGUAGUGGUGCCGGUCCAACUACAGGUCCAAGCACAAGUGCAAGUCGAGAGGAGGAUGCUGGCGUACCCAACGCCGACGACCAGGCCACGGCCGACGCCAAGCCGGUAGCCCAAGAUACCUCGGCGCCGACAGAUGUCGCCGUGACCUCAGCGGCGCCCGAUGUGGAUUCCAGCGCGUUAACCCACCCAGCGCAACCCACAGACGACACUGAGACACCAGCGCAAGUCGACCCAGGCGCACGCGACCGUGAUCUUGAAGAUGACCUGCGCGAAGCUGCACAGAUCGUCUUCUACACCAGCCGUGAGGCGGGUGGCGUGAGCCGCGAUACCAUGUUACGGCAGGUCGGUCUGGCCAAGGGUCUUAUGGGCUUUACAGACAUGGUCGGCGGCAAGAGCUCUGACCCCUUCUGGGCCGUCCACUCCCAGAACACCCGCCUGAUCAUCUACACCCCGGAGCCUGAAUGGUACAUUUACAUUUGUGUCACGCUCGCACUCGUACCGGCAACGGGCAAGGACAAGGAUCACGCCAAAGAUAAGGACAGCAAGGACAAGGACGGCAAGGAAGACACCGUCCCUGCCCAAGGCUUGAGCGACCGCAUGCUCGUCGACGGGCUUCAGCGCGGCUACGACGACUUUGUGCUGCUACACGGCAAGCUGGGCGCGCAUGUCCCAGGUGGAGGUGCAAGUCUGAGCCUUGCCAUGUUGGAAAAGUACUGGACCCGCUUUGCGUUCUCGUUCGAGUUGCAGUUCCUCAUCCCUGCGCACCCUGGUCUCAUGGCAUGGCUCGGAGGAUACGAGCCGCCCCCAUCCCCUCCACUCGACACGACACCGCUGGACGAGUUUGCCUCACCGCUUCCUGCGGGCUCGGGGCUUGGUGUUGUCAGCCUGAACGGACCCCUCACGCGCACAGGAGCCUUGCCAUUGCCGGACACGCGCGAAUCCGCCGCGCUCACGCGUCUCCUCGUCACCACUCUUCAGGCAUCCGCCCCGGCCGUCGAUAGAGAGCCGCUCAGUGUCCGCGGAACAAGCGGUACGGGCACUGGCACGGGUGCGGGCACCACUGGAGACCGCCAGACGCUCGGGUUUGGAUUUGGACGUCGGCGCCACUUGCCCUCGACGCACACACCGCCUACACCAGCACCGACGCCGAACCCAGGCGUAAAGCUCCAGAACGCGCAAGAACGCGAAAAGGACGAGCGGAAAUCGUCCUGGGGUCCCCUUGCCUGGGUCGGACUCGGCGGAUCCGGUCCGACAAGUCGUGCAGUCACGCCCAGCCCGACCACCGCCACAGCAGCAGGUCGCGCGAGCCCGUCCCCGUCACUUGCCUCUGUCGAGAAGCCUGUUUCUACAAAACAGACAUCUGUGUCCAGUACGGCCUCUGUGAACUCCAAGAGCCGCUGGCCCAGUUUUGGACUGGGCGGCUUGGAGAAUGUGGGCGCCAACAUGGGGGCCGUCCUGGGUAUCGGGUCUAGCGCAGCACCGAGCCCCAAGCCAGAGCCGGAGAGUAAAGAGGAGAGCAAGGAAGACGCCGGCGAGGAAGGCGGCUCCGAGGACAAGGACGUUGGCACAGAGGCGGAGACAACAAGGGCCGCAGAUGGUCUGGACACGACUACGCCUACUGCUGAGUUGGACGAGACAACUGUACCUGCUUCAGCAACGACGACCGAGGGCCCAGCAGCAAUCUCCACAGGUGAUGCCAACGACAGUUCUGUCCAAGAAGCACCCGACGACGAGCAGCAGCCCCCAUCUCCCGAGCCUGAACCCCAGCCUGAGCCCGAAACUUCAGCAGACACCUCGGCAGAGCCGAGCACGCGCGCCGCGAGCUCGGACGCCGAUGCCGUCUCGGUGCGCACGACAGAGACAACCGGAACAGCAGCAACCGUCGUGUCCCAGACGCCCGUCCUCCUCCCGGACCUAGCAGCGGCAAGCGAUGACCGUGUGGACGUCAGUUGGGCAGGCGGCAAGGGCGUGUGGGUCGGCAACGUGCGCCGCAAAUUGAGCUGGGUCGUGCGCGACUCACUCCUCCUCUACAUCCUCUACCCGCCCAGUAUCCAGGUUGGAGAGCCAGUGGAUGCACCCUCGGGCGCGGCGACGGUGACGCUCUUUGACGCCAUCACUCCCCAACUCGACUCGGCGGGCUCGGGCGCGGGCGGCGCUGCAGACUCAGCCACGGGCACCAGCACGGCGACAGCCACGAGCACGAGCACGAGCACGAGCAGCGCCGCUCCGUCCACGCGGCCCAACGACACGACCGUGUAUCACGCCGGCGACGUGACCGAGCUCCGGCUGCCUGGCGGCCAGCCGCCGGCGUCGGCGUCCAACCCCGCAUCGGCGGCGUUUGCGCCAGGUUCAGCGAGCGGCCUCGACCCAGGCGACGACCGCACCCUCGCCCAGCUCCGGGACGUGCUCUCCCUCGGCGCCAGCACAUCGUCGUCGCCCCUCGUGACAGAGGUGUACGCGCAGACCCCGCAGGCGCGGUUCGCCGUCGCCAAGCGUGCCCGUGGCGACGGCGCAGGUGGAGAACUGUUCGUGCUCACGGGGAGGAAGGACGCCAGUCUGACGGACGCCGAGCGGGGUGUGCGCGCCCAUGCGUUUGUCAGGCCCGAGUUCACGUCGUAA